AAACUUUCCCGCUUAAAAUUUUGAAGUUUGAAUUUUAAAGUGGUUCCUCUUAAUGUUUGAUUCUCUCUUUCUCACAGUUCAUCUCUUCAUUUUUGACGACUGUGUUUCUUCUUUCUCUCUUUUUCACUGGUCAUCUCUCCAUUUUUAUCAACACUGUGGUUAGAGAAAAAACAACGAUUACCAGCAACAUCAUUGCUACCAUUUGACAAAUACUAUGUAAGGUUGCCCCCGCCAGCAUAACGGCUCACUGAGCUCCAUCUAUUCUUUAUGAGUCUCCUGCCAUUCACCAGUUAUUACAACCAAUGUGAUCAUCGAUGUCCACCAACAACUUUGUUGUACCAGCAAUUCCUGAAGUCAUUCUCAUAUUGUUUGCUUCAAUUUUACUUGAAUUCAGUAACAAAUAUAUGGUUGUUUCUUUCAUCUAUAUCAUAUCUCUCUCUCUCUCCCUAUCUGUGUGUGUUACUAUUAUUACAUCAAUGGCAACAACAAGAAGAAGAAUGCCUCAGCAAGGCGCGCAAACAAAUUUGUUUGGACAGAUCAAUGUCUCAUUUCUCAGCAUUACAACACACUCCUACUACUUGUUGCAACAACAGAGUACCUCCUCAUCCUCUGCUUCCUGUCACCCGGUUUUGGCCAUUAUUAUUCCAGCGCUCCUCAGCUUUUUGCAAAUCAAGUAUCAAGGAAGGAGCAACAUAUCCCCAUUCGACACAUAUCCCAAAUCUUUGGGUGUUUCCAUUGCUAGUUUGCUUCUCUAUGGCAUUUCUUACUAUGCUGAACUGAAAUCUUCUUCUUAUGAAGAUCACCACCGCUCACAAACUUAUGCUCGCUAUGGGACAGUGGUGUUUGGUUGGCUUCUUUUCGUGUCUCUGGCUUCAAUUCUUUUGCCAGACUUAGUUGGUCCUUUUCUCUAUGUUCUCUAUAUAUUGUUCUUGGCAGGUGAGUUUCUGCGCCGCCAGCUUCAGAUGCUGUGGAACUGGCUCUAUCAGAUAGUCAUGGGCAAAGUUCCAGUAAUGCCUCCAAGUUGGCUCACUACGUCUCUUGCCUUCUCUAACUCAAGAGGAAACAACCUACAAAGGAAUAUCUUAUCAAUAUAAUCAGCAAUCAAUAGACCUUUUUUUUUUUUUUUUUUGAACAUGAUAGACCCUUUUUGUUUGGGUUAUAUAAUUGUCAGCGAUAAAGUUAUAUCAGGAAUGUUUUCUUUGUUUUUUUCCUCUUGGUUUUUUUUUCCUCGUAAUAUUUUCAUAUUUAUAUAGCUAUAAGAAACAAAAAGGGU